CCAUCGGCUAAAAGAAUUUGCAACAUGGUUAAUUUCUUUUUGUUUGAUUAUGUUGGCCUUGAUGUUAUGCUGUGAUAGAGGGGUUUGCAGCUCAUUAUUUGAGGGUGAACUACCUCAAGAUUGGCAGGAAGUCGUCUAGGGUUCUUGUAACUGGUGGAGAAGUCUAUGAAUUUUUAAAAUAACUCAAAUGUAAAAAUAUAAAUAAUUUAUUAAUUAUAAACAAUCUAUCAUAAUCCUAUAAAAUCUUGUUGAUAAAAUCCAUUAAAAUCUAUCUAACUCUGCAUAGACUUAAAACAAUCUAUUGAUUUUACAGAAUCCUUGAAUUCUAAACAAUAUAUUAGAAUCUUCUAAAAUCUGUGUAGAAUACAACCUCCUAAGAAAUUUUCUAUGAGUAUGUUUGUUUGAGAAUGAUAACGGAACAAUACCACCAGCCAAAAAUUGAAAAAUAUGGAGUACGUCUUACUUUCAAUUUCUUUUGCCAUUGAAAGGGCAGGUGUGAGCAAAUACUGAAUAUAGCUUUAUUUGAUUGGAGUGGGAUGACACUCAUGGCGGUCUUGGAGUCAGAUCUUAGAGCUCUCUCUGCGGAGGCUCGCCGCCGGAACCCUAACGUUAAGGACGCCGCAGAACAUGCUAUUUUGAAGGACGGUUAAGUUGAGUGUGAUUGGACUAUCUUGCCUGCAAAAGCUCAUAUCCCAUGAUGCAGUUGCACCAUCAGCUUUAGAGGAGAUUCUGUGCACCCUCAAAGACAUCUCAACUAUAUGGGAAUUUGAGUGUGUCUACACACACAUUACUGGCAUUUAUAAAAUGAAAUGGAUGAGGCAGACGGAGAAUACUGCUCAAGCUCUUGGCAUUUGUCUCCGGCUUCUUGAAAGCAAUAAAUCUUAUAGUGUACGGAACACAGCUGCAGCAACCUUUAGACAGGCAGUUGCCCUAAUAUUUGACAGGGUGGUUACUGCUGAGUCCCUUCCCUCUGAGAAAUUUAAAUUUGCUUCUGGAGUCCAUAUGUCUCGAAGUAAUUCGGUUACAAGUGACAUUACCCGCAAUAUAACACAUCUAAAGUCAUUGGAGCAAGAGUUUACUUCUGGAACUUCGUUAUUAAUGAGGAAUACAUUAACUAAAGCCGGAAAGCUUGGCCUUAUUUUGCUUGAGGAUUUGGCAUCUCUUGCAGCAAGUGGUUCUGCUAAUUGGUUAGGAGUCAGCUCCCUCCAAAGAACGUUUGUGCUUGACAUACUUGAGUUUAUUCUGUCCAAUUAUGUGGUGUUAUUCCGAACCUUGAUUCCAUACGAGGAGGUUCUCCGACACCAGAUAUGUUCGAUCCUAAUGACAUCACUUCGUACUGAUUCUGAGUUUGAAGGAGAAACUGGAGAACCAUAUUUCCGUAGGUUGGUCUUGCGAUCAGUUGCCCAUGUAAUCAGACUUUAUAGUUCAUUGCUAAUAACUGAAUCUGAGGUGUUUCUCAGCAUGUUAGUGAGUGCUAUCAAUCUUGACUUACCACUAUGGCAUCGCAUUCUUGUUCUUGAAAUUCUGAGGGGUUUUUGUGUUGAGGCACACACUUUGCGAAUACUUUUUCAGAAUUUUGACAUGAAUCCCAAAAACACAAAUGUGGUUGCGAGUAUGGUGGAAUCACUUGCUAGGGUUGUUUCAAGCAUUCAGUUUCAAGACACAUGCGAGGAAAGCCUUGAAGCUGUUGCUGGAAUGUUUACCGGAGUUGAGUGGAGCUUGGAUAGUGAUGCAUCCAAUACUGCUGUCUUGGUUGCUAGUGAGGCCCAUGCAGUGACAUUGGCAAAUGAAGGCCUGCUUGGAAUUGUUUUUGCUGUGGCCACUUUGACUGAUGAGGCAGUAGAUGUUGGUGAGCUUGAAUCACCGAGAUUUGAGGUUGGUCCACCAACAAAAUGCACAGGAAAGACGGCAAUGCUUUGUACUUCUAUGGUAGAUUCGAUGUGGCUGACCAUUCUUGAUGCUCUGUCCUUCAUCUUGACGAAGUCUCAAGGUGAAGCUAUUGUGUUAGAAAUAUUGAAGGGUUAUCAAGCAUUUACACAGUCUUGUGGUGUUCUCCGAGCAGUUGAGCCUUUGAAUUCUUUUCUUGCAUCGCUUUGCAAAUUUACAAUCGGCAUCCCAAAUGAAGUUGAAAGGAGAAGGUACAUGUUACCCUCCCUAGACCCCACUUGUACACUGGGUUUGUUGUUGUUGACCAUACCUUUGUUGUAAUAUGCUGAAUUGAAGCAUUCCUGGAACUCAGGGAAAGUAUUGUUCUUACACCUAAGAAUGUCCAGGCAUUAAGGACACUUUUUAACAUAGCUCAUCGGCUGCAUAAUGUUUUAGG